GAUGGUUUUGCCUCCGUUGCUCCGUUUGGUAUGUAAUAAGCGAGCAGAAUUUUGCGAUUCUGGCGGCGUUUGCUUUAUGUAUCAUAUAUCGCAUGCAAAGGAAAACUAAAUUGCAUCGGGAAAGGUCAACACUGAAAAAUGUCUAAAAGGAAAAGUACGAGAAUUGCUCGUCGACAGUAGGCGCGCAGAAGUACGGCCAAGGCGCAGGAACUCAUCAGGAAACAGGCUACUGCAGACUCGGAGGACGAGGAAUUGUCCCUUUUGGACUCCGAUGACGAAUUCGUCAUUCCCACAGGAGGAAUUACAGGACGAGCGAAGCAAUGGGUUGGUGGUCCAGCCUGUCAACAGCUUCCUGUCCUCAAAGUCGGCUGACAGCUCGGAGGAAAAUAAAGGAGCCAAACUGAAGAUCAACCAAAGGAAAAGCAAAAACAUGAAGCCGAAAACUGAGCCGCUGGCAAAGAAGUCUUCCAGAAGCGUCCUGAGUUCUGAUUCGGAGGAGGACUUAAAAGAUGUGGUGGCACCUCCCUUACCUAAAAGGCCACUGAAUCAAAGCUUUUGGCCAAGGUCUCAACGUUGACAGACUCCAAGUCUGACCUGGACGAUGUUCCAACUCAAAACCUCCAAGAGCUCUUCCCUUUACUUGCCAAGCAAGAGGAGAUGAAGGCCAUGGAGAAAAAGGUCAAAGAAGACGGGGACAAAAAGUUAAAGAAGUCAAAAUUUCCAACUCAGGACGUUUCUCAUGGGAGAAACUCAAGAGCCGGUCCCUUCGACCAGCAAGUCGGAAACUAAAAGUAAAAAAUCUGCAAAAACGAUUAAAAAGCUGAAAGUUGAUUCGGACGAGUCGGACUUGGAAGAAGUCGAAAACGGGCAUGAACAAACCAUUCCUAAGGAGGGAGUGGAGGUGAAAAUUGAGACGACAAAUGGGCUGAAGAGGAAGAAGACCAAGACCAUGGACUUGGAGGCCAUCAUCAAGAGGAGGAUCAACCAAAUUCGCAGGGAGAAGCAGGUGGAGCUGCACAAAGCGUCACGCCUGUGCCAUUUGAGCCACGAAAUGGUCGUAAACAAGCAGCUCAACUCGCCCUCGUUGAUGGCCGUGGCUUUGUCCAUCUUGCCUUCGCAGCACUGCUACCCACCCAAGAAGAGUGAUCUGAAUUAUCUCGAGAAGAUUGCCUCUUGGUUUCACAAAAAGGUUUCCGUGGCAGAUGUGAAAGAUGACCCUGAUAAGACUUUGGUCCAGCUGUUGGAACUUGCUUUCCAGGUAAUGAAAGCUCCAAACAAAAGGAUUCUUGUCCUCAUGUUUGUGACUUUGAUGCGUUCGCUCGGCCUCAAGACCAGGCUCAUCAUCUCUCUUCAGCCACUUCCAUUGAAACCAAAGCCUCAGGAUCUACUCACAGUUUUGCCAAAGCCAGAAGUGAAGCUUGGAGACAAGAAAAAGCAAAGUAUCGAGGCCAAGAAGACAAAUGAGAAGACUUCGAAGGCAAAUGAAAAAGCUCCGAAGAAGUCUAAAAAAGAAGUCAAAUCCGAAUCUGGGCCGCCAAAAUCAAAAAGGUCCAAAAAGGAAAGAGAGAGCAAGUAUUUAUUUCUCUUCGGACAAAUCUGAGUCGAGUCCUGACGUUUCUCAGAAAUUAAAGUCGCUGAGAGCAAGGAAGAAAAAAAUUAUGAAGAGGAGCCACAAAUAAAUUCAAAAUAGUCAUUGAUCAUAAAAAAAUUUGAGUGGUUUUCAAAGAGCACUGAGAAAGACAACUGCAAAGACUUUGCACGAAAAGGUUUGAGACGGAAAAAAUUCAUAUUUAUUGAUAAUUUUGGUUGUGUCUAUUAUUGUUCCAUUAAGUUAUUGAUACAUAUUAUGUACAAAGGCACAUCUCAUACAUGGCUGAUUAUAUAGUACUGAGUAAUUAUGUACUUUAAUGGAUCUAUUGUUUCAACGGUGGUUAUCUCUUUUCUGAUUACAUUUAUGUGUAGCAUUAUGCAAUUGCACUCGUUGACUUUGAAAAUUCUGCAUACAAAAACUACUUGCAUUCCUUCAAUCUAAAGACCAUCAAAUUUGUGAAUCACCUUGUCAGACAAGAUCAUGCUAAUGGACAAGUUCAACAAUUUUUUUCUUUCAAUGUAUAUCUUAAGGUUAUUCAUUUUCCUUUGAAAUAUGCUUUGGUAUAAGACUUUUGCUUUCAAAAUUUGCCAGUUUUUAUACUGCCACUGAGUAAAUUUUCUGACACAGAUGUGUACUUACAAUUGGAUAAUUUUUUUACAAUAUUAGUCUACUUGCCACAUGCGGCAGUAAUGAUUGUGUGCCAAGUGAAUAUUAUAUAACAUGAGCGCUGAUAUGAACAAUUCGCAGAGUUUGGCAUAGGAUAAUUUUUAAACAAGAGCUGAAAAUAAAAAAAUUCAGUAAAAUAAAAAUAGAGGCAAUACAAACUCAAAACAAUGUUGAAAUAAAAUCUUUCAAAUAAAGUCAGAAUUUAAAAUCAGUUAAAUUUCAGCACCGGCGACAAAUUUCAAUAAAAAAUAAACCCUGCCAAAUUUCAGGCAGCCUUGUUGAAAUGCUCUUAAAUUGAGCAACGCAUCAAUUUACAAUUUUACAAACUUCGAGAUAUGCCACAUUUUAAUUUUCGAGAUUAUUUUUGUACCUAUAGAGUUUCAAGGUAUGUCAGCAGUUGUUACUGAGCUGCACCCUCAAUAUUCAAAACACCGUAAAGCGCACUGCAGGGAUGAGCAUGUAUUUUGUUUUCACCACACUUUUACCCUGAGAUUGGCUAAAUUUAAACACUCACAUGAGCUGAAUGGCAGUCUUUUCUAACACGAAUCAGUCACUUGCUUUGUGAUAUUCAGUCGAGUAGGAGAGAUAAUUAGCUCGGUCCAAAUUCUUGGUAGCCCUCGGCGCCGGUAAAGAUGACGUCAAUCCAAAUCCGCAUGGCCUCAGCGCUGGGCGCCAUCAGGUGGUAGGUGCGCUCCGAGCACUUGACGCAAAAGGUGAGACCAGGGUGAGGGCUCUUCACCGAAUUCAGGUGGUCCACAUAGACUUCUUCUAUCGCCUGUUAAAAAGAUUAUAAAAAUCAG